AUGCUCAGAAGCCUACAUACCUCAGCCCCUGUCAAGAGGGCGAGAAACCAGGCAAAGCAGCGGCUUUGGGGGAGGCGGUGUGAGGGAUCGAAGACUAGUUCAGGCGAGGCGUCAGGACACCCCAAACCCCACUGUUCCCCAAGCCCGGCUCCCUUUAGCCUCGGCGCUGACAGCUCAGAGGCGCCACCACGGAGGGGAGGGAGAGAAGGCGAGGAGAGCCGAGAGGCGCCUCCUAGGAGGCGGGUGGGCAAACGGAGACCUGCGCCUCGGGGUCUCCCGGUGCCCCGGCUGGGUCCCGCUCGCCGGCGGAGGGGCGCGUCCUCACUCACCGGUUCCGGUGGCGCCGCUCUCCCGGGGCGCCCAGCACAGCGCGAGCAGCAGCCAGAGCGCCCAGCGCGCGGACGUGCCCAUGGUGCCCGCCUGGAUGGUGCUGCCGCCGCCGCCGCCGCCGCCGCCGUUCGCUCCGCACAACAAGUUACCAGCCCUUCCGAAAGGAGGAAGAAGGUGAUGGAUUACAUAUCACUGGUCUCAUGCCUUUACAAAUCAAUCUACCAACAAGGACUUGUCGAGCACCUUCUUGUGGGACCUACAGUGUGCCAGGUGACUGGAGGGCAGCAACCAGAUAGCAAUGUGGCUGCUCUCAGGGGGACUGCAAGAAAAGACAAAGAAGAGAUGGAGAGACAGUUGGCUGGCAUAAAGACUGCUCAAAACAAAAUGACAGAUGCUGGCAAGGAUAUGGAGAAAAGGAAACCCUUAUAUGGUGUUGGUGGGAAUGUAAAUUAGUACAGCCACUAUGGAAAAUAGUAUGGAGUUUCUCAAUAAACUGAAAACAGAACUACCAUACUAUCCAGCAAUUUCAU